UUGUGUUAUCGAUAGUUCUUCGUUCAUUGCCUUCUUCUGGCGUCGGUUUCAAUUUGCUUGUUUUUAAUUGUUGGAUUAAAUCCGUGUCAAAAUGAAUCGCCGCAAUAAACGUACAUCCUAUUACCAAUACGAAGUAUAUCUGGACUUCAUGGAAAGCAAUCCCCUACUGUCAGCCAACAAAUUGAAUCGAACUCAGGAUGGCAAAAAAUGGAAGGAGCUAAGCGAUCGCCUGAACCAUUGCACCUCGGGCCCUACCUUGUCUCCAGAGGAAUGGCGUAAGCGUCUCAAUGACUGGAAGAAUACCACACGCUGCAAGUACCGACGCAACGUUGUUUCGGAUGAUAAAAAAAAUUCUAUGACUCCCCUGGAAGAAAGAGCUCUGCUAAUUUUCUCCUCUGAGCCAAUAUACCGAGAGGUUCCCACGCUUUCACGUUUCCAACAACUUGUCGAAGAGCACGUGGAGCAGGAAGAUCAAGAUGAUGAGGAAGGCGAUGAGGAAGAGGAGGAGGAACAGGAACAGUAUCAGGAAUAUGUCAAACCACAGGAACCUGCGAAUCGGACGGUAAUCAAUGGUCAUAGGACCGGCAAACGGAUAAGGCUGGAAGGUGCUGGGGAGAUCUUCUACGAAGUAACAAGUCUCACAUCGCCAAUACAACCCGCCUUAAAGGAACCAGCUAGUUAUGGAAAGAAAAUCGAGGAGCAGUUGAAACGCAUAUCGGACAUUCAUGAAGCAUCCUUGCAUUUCAAGAUAGCCCGCUUCAAGUACAAUAAUCCCGGAUUCGACUAUGUCCCGGAAUUAUAGCUUAUAUGCAAUCAUGUACAUUAUAGUUUGUAAGCAUUGAGGGACCUGUAAAUUCUGUUAUGAAUGAAUUGGACUGUUUCUAUCAGUUGAAAAUAGUUUUUAUAACACUGAAAUAAUGGUCAUUAUUAGGGUUAUUGUUGAGAAAUAUCAUUUGACAAAAUAAACACAUUUUUCAUUAA